AUGGGGAGAGGGGGAGGUCACUUCGACCUGCAGGACCCCAACGAUAGGAGAGAGCAUGACUCAGAUGAAGAGACAUUUGAUGAGUUUGGCCGUAAGAAAAGACAUAAAACACCCAGGCAGCCGCAGCAGCAGCAGCAGCAGCAGCAGCAGCAACUGCAGCAGCAACAGCAGCAACAACAACAAAAGGCAGGGGAAGAAGAAACCAUCAAACUUGUGUUCCCGCCAGCACCCAUACGGCUACCAGAGAGUGAUGAAAGCGAAGACUCUGAGGGAGAUGAACAGAGAUCCCGCUCCCCCACACCAGACUGGAAAAGACGAUCCCGAUCCCGGGAUCGACGAUCCCGAUCCCGGGAUCGACGAUCCCGAUCCCGCGAGAGAAGACACUGGCACUCCAGGUCCAGAGAAAGAGACAGCAGGCGAUCACGAUCCCACGAACGGUCGAGGAGAUAA